AUGGGGGACAUUUCCACUGAGACAGGGGAGCAGGUGCAAAGAGUUAAUCCUAAGGUUGCCAACCUCCAGAAUGGAAAAGAUCUCCAGGCAAAGAAAGUUCCCUCCAAAGCAAAGCCCCAGAAGAAGACUUUGUUGAGUUCCAGUUCAGAUUCCAGUAGUUCAGAAGAUGAAGCACUGAAGAAGCAGCCGCCGAAACCAGAAGCCGUCAGAAAGGCAGAGAAGUCUCCUUUGAAGCCAGCAAAAAUUGCCAAGGGGACACCCAGAGUUGCCAAUGGCACAGCAGAGGGUGGCGGCGGUGGCAGCAGCAGCAGCAGCAGUGAAGAUUCUGACACCGGAAAAGGCACACCUGCAAAGACUGCCCCGAAGAAAGCUUCGCUGUCCAAACCUAAAGCUGCCCGUCCGCCCCUUGGUCAAGGCAAAGCUGUGAGCAAGCAGAAGAGCAGUAGCAGCAGCAGCAGCAGCCAGGAGGAUUCUUCUGUCAGUUCAGAAGACAAGAAGCCAGCCUCCAAGCCCAAGCCUGGCCAGUACAGUGCUGUGCCGCCACCUUCAGCCUUAGAGCCAAAGAAAGGCAAAGGGCCAGGUGUUGCUUGCAAGAAAAUUGACAGCAGUGGCAAAAGGAGCAGAAGGCAAAGAAGACAGCAGGAUGCGACUCCUGGAGGAUGCGACUCCAGCUCUGAGGAGGAAGGCGGGAAGGUGCCGGUCAAGCCCUGUGCCAAACCUGCCUCAGCCAAGGGGAUUACGAAACCAGCGCAGGUGAAACAAGCGGACAGCUCCUCUGAUAGCUCAGAGCCAGCCGGAGUCCGCGAGGGAGUCCUCGUGUUCGUUGGGGAACGACGGGACGGGACGGACGGGACGGAGGGGAGGCUUGUCCACCAGGCCUGCGAUGGGCGGCGCCAGGGGCUUUCGGGCCGGCCGCUCCCUCUUCAGCCGACCCGCCUCGGAGGCUGGGGGCUGACGGAGGAGGAGGAGGAGGCCCGUGCCCCCAUGGGCCAGGGCGCGGAGGAGCCGGCCGGCCUGCCCGCACCUGCCCGACGGACGGCCGGCAGCAGAAUACCAAUCUUGAGUGAAGCCCCUUCCCCUUUGGAGCUGUCGACUAUCUGCCUGAAUGAAGCCCCUUCCCCUUUGGACCUGUGGUGA